AUGAAGGCCAUGAAGGGGCUUAGUGUGAAUCGAAUGAUGAGUACGCUCAAGAAGCGAACGACGAAUAACUUCAGUGGAUCCAGCCAAGUGUCGGCAUCGCCAGUAGACCCGCAGAACGAGACGCCCGAAGCUACGGCUGCGCGUAGCGUGAAACAAUUUUGCGAAUCUGGAGGCCCCAAUGCUCAGGGUGACGAAGUCCUCUACCUCCCGCCCAUUGUCGAUGCCGCUGAGUCUUCUCCGGCCGCGGCCGCCGAAUGCGCGCGCAUCAUCCGGAAAUACCUAGCCAAGGAUAACCACGCCAAAGCCUCGUGGCAGUACAAUGCCAUCAUGCUGAUUCGCAUCCUUACCGACAAUCCCGGCCCCACGUUCACGCGGAAUAUGGACAAGAAGUUCGCCGAUACCGUCAAGGAGUUAUACCGUACUACGCACGAUCCCAGUGUCAGACAGAUGCUAUCCGAGACAUUGGAUACUUUCGAGGCUACCAAGUUUGACGAUCAGGGUCUGGGCGAGUUGAUCUCUAUGUGGAAGAAGGAAAAGGAACGAAGCUACAAGCAAUAUGGCAAUCCCAGACAGUCUAUGGCUGGCCCCGAUCCUCGGACUAUGAAUGCGCCGCCAUUCAAUCCUCACUCGCAGAAUUAUUUUGCAAGAAAUCACACCAAUCGAAGCUUGCCUACCCCCGUUGAGCUUGCAAGUAGGUUAGAGGAGGCGAGAACAUCUGCAAAGUUACUUUCUCAGGUUGUCGUCAACACCCCUCCCCAGGAGGUCAUCAACAAUGACCUGAUCAAGGAGUUCGCGGACAGAUGCCAGAGUGCUUCGAGAAGUAUACAAUUGUACAUGACUGCCGAAAACCCGUCUCCCGACAAUGAGACUAUGGAGCACCUGAUUGAUACGAACGAGCAACUACAAUCAGCGCUCAACCAGCAUCAGAGAGCCGUUCUGGGCGCUCGGAAGCAGCUCGGAAUUGACCCGAGGUCAGAUAAUGCUAGCCCCGUGAGCCCCCAGACGGCUGAGUCUCAGCAAGCGAGUCGGACCCAAGAAUGGGCGCAAGCCCAGGCCCAGUCGUCAUCUUCUAGUUCGACCCCUCCUCUGCCGACAAGGCCGUCCGAAGGAAGCGGAAAGGGCAAGGCAUCAGAAACCUUCGCCCCACCCCCGGGACCGCCCCCGAAAGCGCAACCGCAAUACGGGGCCGAGGACCCAUUCAGAGACCCCCAGCCGGAGAUCCACUACUCUUCAUCGAGCAGACCCGGAGGGUCCGGUGGUGCGGUGGAACUACCGGGCGAGGAGCCGCGGCUGGCUCAUGAGCCAUUCCAUCCAGGCUUCAACCCCACUCCAAGCUACCUUGGAAGACAAGACAGCGCUCUUGGCAAAAUCACGAUGCAUGGCGCCGACGAAGCCACUACGCCUGGACCCCUGAGCGGUAACCCGAUUCAGACUGUCGACCUCAGGAACAGGCAAGAGACACUGCAUGAGGACUCGGAUGAUGACCUUUACGAAUCAACCCCGAAGAGUUCCAAGAAGAAGGACCCGGUGUACAGGCCUGGGGAACUUGAAAAGGUCCAAGGGCUUUGGAAGUUUCAGGUACAACGUGUCAAGGCACAGACUUGGGCUUAUCGGGAUAUCAAGUUCCUAGUGUAUGAUGACACCGCCGACGCGGACGAGAGCGACUCGAAGACAGGCAAGACCAGCGAGAACACCGCGAUCUUCGAGAGGCCUCCCAAGUUCAUGCCGACGAGUUCCGAUCAUGAUUCAUCUGUUGCACUACAAACUCUUGGAGAUGGCGACGAAGAUCCCAUGUUCAAGCAAGCAACUAUCUCAUCUUUGAAGCAACCGCACUCGGAAGCCGGGCCAGCUGCGGCAUUUGAGCAUCCUCCAGAAGACGACGACAUGGACGAUCCAGAUCUUCAAGAGGCCAUUCGCAUGUCGUUGAUGAGUGACGAUGAAUCCAGCGACGGACCAAUUACGGCGGAUCCUUCGAGCCUGACCCCCGAAGACGAGAACAUGGAUGAUCCAGAGCUUCAAGAGGCCAUCCGUCUGUCAUUGAUGAGUGACGGCGAGUCUGGCAACGCACCGAUUUCAGCAGAAUCCGGGCCCUCUGUUACCAACACAGACGAAGAUGAAGACGUCUUCGAAUGCAGAAUAUGCUCGAAGCUACCCACGUUUCCCCACGACAAAAAGACGUGGAACUUCCGCCUUUUCAAACCAGCGGACGAGUUCCCGCAUCUCGUCACGGAACGGCCAAGCAGCGUCGACGUAUGUGUCCAUUAUAUUGCAGUAUCGUACUGCUGGCCUGAGGAAAUCAAAGACGAGUAUGGAAACACCGUUCCUCCUAUCAUCGAAUCAAAGGUCCGAGAUCUCAACGAUAGGCCACAUACUGCUCGGGCACUUGACGAUGUUCUCGACCGUGCUGUCGACUUUGCUAUUUCCGUCGGGCUUCGCAUGAUUUGGAUCGACCAGGAAUGCCUUCCGCAACCGAAAGAAGAUGGUUCAGAGAAAGACAAGGCGUACCAGCGACUCGGGGUACAGGCACUGGACAUAGUCUACAACAGGGCUAUCGUUACAGCUGGCCUACACGAAUCAACUAUCAGCAAGACUGAGAUGAGCGCGGUUCAAUUCUUGAUAGAACACGAAACUGAAGAACUGCGUUAUUUGAGCCUCCGUCCACAGUUAUUCCAGUAUGCUUUGGAUUUCUUGUACAUGGUCCAAGCAGACAAAUGGUACACACGAGCGUGGGUUAUUCAAGAAGCAGUCAGUGCCAGCGACGGCUUGGUUCUUGUGUUCAGACGAGGUCUUGGUGUUGUCUACACGUCCAAGCUUCGUGCCGAUCAGAAGAAGUAUUCGACUCCUCGACAUCCACUAGACUCGGAGAGGCGAACUCUCAAGUCAGAGAUUAUCUGCAUUCCUGUAGGCCUCUUUAGGGUCCUUGUCGAAACCUGCAAGUCUCUGCUGGAACAACGUUUUCAGUUUAUGGGGCAGGCUCUGAUUCGAACCAACACCGGCAAGAAUGCCAUCCCGAUCCUCUCCGUCACCGAGUCCCUUCAUCCAAAGAUCACAGUGCGCCAGCAUGUGGCCGGUAUCCACGUGUACGGAGGCAAAGUCUACGGUGGCCGUCAAAAGGUGAACGCCGCCACGGCUCUGACGCUGCUGAAGAGUCGUCACUGUCGCGAUGUUCAGGAUCGUCUGACUAUCCUGGCAAACAUGUGCAGUUACGAGAUUCGCUUAGACCCUAUUAGAGUAGCGAAGGAAUGUGAUUCGCUCCGACUCGGUAUUUUGGCCACCACGCUGCUGAAUGGAGACACGUCCCUCCUGGUGCCUGAGGUCUAUGACUUCCCUGGCGACGAAGACGGAGAGCCAGACCCUUCUAUGGACCGCUGCGUGGGGAGCCUUCUGUCACCUUUUGACACGGACUCCAAAGGGAUCAGUAGCUACGCAGUACAAGACGGCAAGCUCGUCAACCCUGCCGUGUACAAACAUAGUUUCGGGGGUAAGAGGAAAGGACUCCAUCUAUGUGCAUAUCUCUGGACAGUCGACGAUACUCUCGAUCUCAGCCCUCUGAAAUACCAAUUCGCCGAGAUCUGGCAUAGGAUGAAGUGCUUGCGCAUCAUCAUGGACCGCCAAAAGGAGGAAUCCGUCGAUGAAUUCGCUAGGCGAAAGGGUUUAAUUACCCAACAUUUCUCAAAGAACCACGUCAGAGACCGGGCGAAAUCGGAAAUCUUCCACCAUGGUGUCAUCGCUGCUGACUCGAGUGUUUGGGAAGGCCCAGAUGCGAGGGAGGUUCAGGUCAAAGCAUACCUUGACGCCUACCGCGUAGAAGCGGAGCCCGAGAUGCAGAAGAUCGUGGCGGAGAUCUUCUUCGCCAUCUUGCGAUACUUGCACGACCUCCGCGAACAGCAUAUGGCAAUCGAUUUGCACGGAUGCCGUCUAUACACGUAG